UCUUCCACGAUGGAUGGGCCGUUAUCGAAGAUGCAUUAAGUGAUGAGGGGGAGCCGACUGCUGGGACGGAAAAUCACUUCGCGGAGUCCGAAGUUGGGCAUCCUUCUAGUAAACAUGACGUCCACCUCUUGCAUUUUGGUGCUCGCUCUGUGUUCGUCCGCGCUGUGCACAAACCUCCACGAGGGAGACAACUUGUCAGGUUUGAGGAGGCUGCAGCGGGAGCUUGUCGGUGAUGAGGAGCGACGCAGUUCAGAGAAGUCCGAGCUCUCGGACCGCAGCGCAGGAGUCCGUGAGCAGACAUGUGCAGCCAUGGCGGGAGUGGAUUCAAUCCUGCACAACAACACGCACUCUUUUACCUUCAAAAUGAGGACCAUGGGUUCACUGUCACUGGCCUGGGUGGGAGACGGAUCCGGGGUCCUGCUGGUGUUGACGACGUUCCAGGUGCCGUUGUUCAUGAUGCGCUUCGGCCAGUCCAACCUCUACAGGAGUGAAGACUAUGGGACGACGUUCAAAGACGUGACUCACCUGAUCAACCACACCUUCAUCCAGAGCGAGUUCGGCAUCGCCAUCAGUCCCGACCACUCUGGCAAGGUGAUGCUCACCGGCGACGUGUCCGAAGUCGGGGGGUUCAAACUGUUUCGCUCGCAGGACUUUGGCCUGACCUUUGACCCCACCGACCUGCCGUUUGAGCCUCUCAUUCAGAUGAUGUACAACCCCAGAGACUGCAACGUACUGCUGACGCUCAGUAUCACGUUGGACCUGUGGCUCUCUGAGGACUUUGGUGCCACCUGGAGGAAGAUUCACGACAGUGUUUGUUUGGUCAGAUGGGGUAAAAAAAGCAGCAUCUACUUUACAACGCACUACAAUGGAUCAUGCAGUGAUAAAGGAAUGUUGGAGUUAAAGAAGACGGUGGACUACGGACUAAGUUUUCAGACCAUUGCAACAAGAGUUUACUCUUUUGUGCUCGGAGGACGCUUUGUUUUUGCCUCCAUCAUGACUGGCACGGGUACAGAACGUAUGAUCCACGUGUCAGCAGACGGAGGGGAGGUGUGGAACAUGGCUCAGCUUCCCAAGGUCAAUCAUGAGCAGUUCUACUCCAUCCUGGCAGCCAAUCAGGACAUGAUAUUCAUGCACGUGGACAACCCUGGAGACUCGGGUGUGGGAACCAUCUAUGUAUCUGAUGACAGGGGAGCCGUGUUCUCCAAGUCCCUGGAGCGCCAUCUUUACACGACCACGGGUAGCGACACAGACUUUACGGCCAUUGCUUCACUGCGGGGCGUCUACAUGACCAGCGUGCUCACAGAGGAUCAUGUAAUGGAGACAGUGAUCACCUUUGACCAAGGAGCAAAAUGGCGGCCGGUGCGCAGACCAGAUAACAGCCAGUGUGACACGGAGACCUCCACCAACAGGCCAAAUAGAUGCCGACUUCACAUCCACGCCACCUACAGCACCACCAUGAAGAUGAACGUCCCCAUGCUGCCUCUCUCACAGCCCAGUGCCGUGGGCCUCAUUCUGGCUCAUGGCAGCGUUGGAGACGCAGAGUCAGCUCUCUCCCCGGACGUGUACGUGUCUGACGACGGGGGCUACUCGUGGCUGUGGGCUCUCAGGGGCCCCCACCACUACGCUAUACUGGACUCUGGAGGGCUGCUGGUGGCUGUGGAGCACACCAACUCACCUGUCAACCAGAUCAAGUUUUCAACAGACGAGGGGCAGUGCUGGCAUACGUACAACUUCACCAGCGAGCCGCUUCACUUCAGCGGCAUGGACAGUGAGCCCGGCUCUCGCUCCAUGAACGUCAGCCUGUGGGGCUACAAGAACGACUUCAGCCGAUGGCUGGUGAUCACAAUAGACCUCAGGAAGCUCCUCACCAGAAACUGUACUGAAGGGGACUAUGUCCCGUGGGUGGCUCACUCUACAGACCCCAGGGGGUCUAUUGAUGGCUGUGUGCUGGGCUAUAAAGAGAUCUUCUUACGCCUGAGGAAAGAGUCUGUCUGCUGGAACGGGAGGGAAUAUGCCACCACUAGGAAGCUGUCCAGCUGUACAUGUACAAUGGAUGAUUAUCACUGUGACUUUGGAUAUCACCGGCCAGAGAACAGCUCAGAGUGCGUGGAGCAAGCGGAGAUGAAGGGUCAUCCUCUGGAAUUCUGCUUUAAUGGGACCACCGAACAGCUCCAGACCAGCGGCUACCGGAAGAUUCCAGGAGACCAGUGUGAAGGAGGUUUUCAGCCAGAAAGGAAGGAGACAGACCUGAGGAGGAUGUGCACCAGCAACGCCCUUUAUCCAAACUCUCUGACGGAAAAAAGUUCACCGAACACCGCUGUCAUAGUGAUGGUUGUCAUAGCGAUGCUUCUCACCAGUGCUGUUGCAGGCGUUUGGCUGGUUAAGAAAUAUGUCUGCGGAGGACGGUUCCUUGUGCACAGAUACUCUGUUAUGAGGGAGCACGUCGAGGCUGCUAAAAUAGAGGGAGUUGAUGAUAUUGACCCUCACUACAUGGAGACUGGAAAAGCACAGUACAACGAAGACUCAGAUCAGGACCUCUUAGAAUAAGGGGGACAUUUAUCCACACAAAAGCACUACAUUUAACGCAGUCUUUCAUGGUGCCUGAGCACUCCUGUUGCUCCCACAUGCCGAUUAAAAUCUGCUUCUCACUUCCUGUUAUCCCCUGAUGGCUGGAGGACUCACAUUGCUUCCUUGUACUCUUUGAGUCUCCCACAAAAAGGCGAAAGGCGGUGGUUCGGUGAGGGAGAUGAACCCAGCGCAGCACAGAACAAAGCCUCUGGAAUCCCUGGUGAGCUUUUGUUGCUUCUGUCACAAAGCGUCCUGCAAAAGACUACUGAGUCUGAAUACAUGCUCUGUAUGUUUCCCCCAUGCUGACUUCGGAAGAUAUGGACUCUAAGAGUUAGGCAACAACAUAGAAAAUGAUUAGCAGUAUUUUAUACAGAUAUUGUCUCUGCUGUCAGUCAAGUAGUUUUUGUACUCUGUAAAUUUAAAACUUGUAAAAUACAGUCCUGUUGUGCAGAGCGGCUAUUUGAAAGAAAAAAAAGUGUCCACUUCACUCAGGUGAUUCAAAUUUGGCUCUAACAUUUAAAGACUAGGCUUCCAACUACAAGUUACCUUUAUAUCACAGAUGAUUUAAAACUGAGCACUUUUCAUUUUAACAGCAGCUACUGAGAGCAGCAGUGGCUCAUUUCAUAAUAAUAGUCACUUGUUUAUAUUUUUGCUGCACACAUUACAUACUUUUUUCCUGACGAGGAAGUUUAGAUAUGAACCAUUCAGUAAACCAUUAUGGCUUAUAUAUAUAUAACAGAAACUGCUUUUGUAUUUCACGCCACUUUUAAAAGAAGGUCAAAUGUAAUCAUCCCUAAUAUUUUAUUAAUCAAAAGUUGUUAUUCUUACAUAUGUCAUCAUUUUUGUUUUCAUCUUUUUAUUUAUUAGUUUAAAUGAAAUGUAGAUGAGAAACUCAAAUUUAAUUGAAUUCACAACAUAGAAAUAAGUGUAAAUACUUACUAGAUAGUAAAAGCCAAAUUAGUGACUGCUAGUCCUUACUUAAGUUUUUAGCACCUAUUGAGACUUUUGGAAUACAUUAUAAAAGGGGCCGCCAUUGUUGUGAAGACACAACAAGAGACAAUUGUUUUAUACACUGCAUCUUAUACAAGCAGAAUCUUCUCCCCUGUAUGAAAGACUUGAAUAAUUGCCAAAGCACUUUUGUUGUUUAGUUUUCUUAUUGUUGAGGCGAUAUCUAACCGUAGCCCACCAUUAUAUAGGUAACGCUAACCCAAAACCCUUACUUGAAAUUUCUGAUUUUAUUGUUCAGCCUAACAAGGUUCACCAAUAUAUUGCUGAACCUUUUCAGAAUUAUACUGCUUUUUUCAAAAUACUUGUCUUGAAUAAUUGAAUAAUAUUACAGAUGUUACAAAACAUCCACAAUAAGAUAACUAAUUCGUCAGAUUGAUGCUUCUGGUGGCCAUAACAAGCAUUAACUUCAAGUUAAUUGAGUUACAUUUUAUUUAAGCUGACACGUCACUGUUAUAUAUGAACUGUUGUGAUGAGAUAUUGACUGGCUGUAAUUUCUAUUCUAUGCAAUGUAAGAACUGCAACUUUUGACACGUGCAGGUCUUAUGGCCAUUGCUUGUGUGUUCCAGCAGAGUGAGUAAUAUCCCAGCGAAUAAGCUAUUGUAAUGAACUGGCCUGAUAGAGGCGUAGUUGUCAGCUAUAAGAGUGGAUUCAUAUGCUUGAUGCUUCUUUAUUUACUCAACCGUCAGUAAGAACAAAUACAGCUAUAUACUGGAUUUAAUGAUUUAUUUUUGCACUGUAUCUACAGAUCUGUGAAAACGUUGCAUUUGUGCUUCCUCGUACAUCUAAGUGUUUAGGCCAUGAGCUGUGAUAAUCAUUCCAUCUGUUGUCUUAAUUGUUAGAAUGCUAGAAUUCUAGAAUAUCAGAGAUAAGUUUCUCUGAAUUAAACUAUUCUGUAUCACAA